AUGGGUGGUCCAAGUGCUAAGACAUAUAUGGGCUGGUGGGGUCAUUUAGGUUCUCCAAAACAAAAAGGUAUUACAUCAUAUGCAAUUUCUCCAUAUGCACAAAAACCACUUGCACAUUCAUUCCAUAACGCUUUUUACAAUAGUUUUAGAAGAUUUAAAAGUCAAAUAUUAUUUAUUGUAAUUCCUGGUGCAAUGUAUUGGUAUUGGUGGAAGAAUGCUGAAGAAUAUAACGCUUAUUUAUAUACAAAAGCUGGUAAAGAAGAAUUAGACCGUGUAUCAUAG